GGUAGAUUUGCUUAGCGCUGCUUGUCACGGCCAACUCACAGCACUCGAUACGGUGCCGGAUUCGAUGCUCCAGCUUGACCAUGUUAACGAAACACUGUGUCACCUCCUCUGGGAGAUGGACGGCCGCAGAGUCAUGGACCCCGGGGACAGUCAAGUGCAGCGAAACGCCUCGAAGGAGGCCAAACGAACUCGUAGGCUGCAUAUCCGCUGGGAUCACCCGGAUUGGACCAGCAUGGAUCGUAUUGAGUUCUCACUGUCCCCCGAUAGCUACGAUGACUCAGAUUUCGAUUACCCUGACCUUCUCAGUUGCGAGGCUGAGUUUCUUGGCCGGCGGCUGGGCCGUGCCGAAAACAGGCGAAACCUCAUCCGCGAAUUCCUGAGGCGGUGCGAGUGACAUCAUGAUCAUCGCUGCACCCGCAAGCUUGGCACUGAGGAUGAUUUCCACGAAACCUUGUGGGCGCCGUAUUUCGGAGACAUUGACAUUG